AUGGCCACCAAGCUGCUCGCGCUCGCCGUGUCCGCGGCCGUGCUGCUGGCCCUGGCCUUGCCGGCGCCGGCGUCGGGGCAGGCCGCGCCGGCGGCGCCGUCGUGCACGGCGUCGCUCGUCUCCAGCUUCGCGCCGUGCCUCAGCUACAUCACCAACGGCAACAGCUCGUCGCCGACGGUGGGCUGCUGCCGGUCCCUGUCGGUACUGGUGAACGCCAGCACGGGCUGCGCGUGCCUCCUCCUCACCGGCAGCGUGCCGCUCGGCGGCGUUCCGAUCAACCGGACGCUCGCCGUCACCCUGCCCAGGGCAUGCAACUCCAUGGCCGUCCCGCUUCAAUGCAAAGAUGCGUCGGCGCAGCUCCCGGCUCCGGCUCCGGGCCCCGUCGCGGCCUCGGCCUCUCCCGCCAUGCCCCCGCUGCCCCCAGUGGCGCCCGAGUCGCCGCCGGCGGGAACCACCGUGGCGGUGCCACCAACGAGCCAGAGCCAGGGGCAGACGAGGCCGCAGGUGGCGCCCAGCUCUGCCUGGAGAGACGGUGCUCAUGUGCCUGAGUUGUUCGCAGUGAUCCUCGCAGUUGGAGCCAUGCUGGUUUGA